AUGAGAGUGGUAGUGCUUGCCCUGGCUCUGGCCCUUGUGGGUGAGUAUGAAUCCUAUUUUUAUACUCCUGAAUUUGCUCCCAGUAAGACCUAUGUGUACAAGUAUGAGGCGCUGCUCCUCAGUGGACUGCCAGAGGAAGGUUUGGCAAAGGCCGGGCUCAAAGUCAGCAGCAAAGUUCUCCUCAGUGCUGAGGCCGACAACAUCUACAUGCUGAAGCUUGCGGAAACAGAGCUUUAUGAGUACAGCGGCAUCUGGCCAAAGGAUGCUCUUGUCCCAGCAACCAAGCUCACUGAAGCCCUGGCCCCUCAGCUCACGACUCCCAUCAAGUUUGAGUAUGCAAACGGUGUUGUUGGAAAAAUGUUUGCACCCGAGGGCAUCUCAACCUUGGUACUGAAUGUAUACAGAGGUAUCCUGAACGUCCUUCAGCUCAACAUCAAGAAGACACAGAAUGUCUACGAACUGCAGGAGGCCGGAGCUCAGGGUGUGUGCAAGACACUCUAUGCCAUCACUGAAGAUGAAAAGGCCGAUCGCAUUCUUCUGACAAAGACCAGGGAUCUGAACCACUGUCAGGAGAAGGUUGUCAAGGAUAUGGGGUUGGCAUACACUGAGAAAUGUACCAAGUGCCAGCAGGAGUCAAAGAACCUGAGAGGAGCUACAGCUUACAACUACGUCCUGAAGCCAGUUGCUAACGGUAUCCUCAUCUUGGAGGCAGCAGUCAAUGAGCUGAUCCAGUUUUCACCUUUCUCUGAGAUGAAUGGUGCUGCUCAGAUGCAGACAAAGCAAUCUUUGGUGUUCCUUGAGACUCAGAGGGCCCCUAUUGUACCCAUCAGUACUGAGUAUCUUCAUCGUGGAUCUCUGAAGUACGAGUUCUCCACUGAGCUCCUUCAAACACCCAUUCAACUUAUCAAGAUCACCAACGCUCAGGCUCAGAUUGCUGAGGUUCUGAAUCAUCUGGUCACCCACAAUGUUGAGAGAGUCCAUGAGGAUGCCCCUCUGAAGUUUUUGGAACUCAUUCAGCUCCUUCGUGCAGCUCGUUAUGAAGAUCUGGAAAUGCUCUGGAGCCAGUACAGAACCCAGCCCGCCUACAGACAGUGGAUCUUGGAUGCCAUCCCUGCCAUUGGAACUCCUGCUGCUCUAAAAUUCCUCAAGGAGAAGUUUUUCGUUGAUGACCUGACUGUUGCUGAGACAGCCCAGGCUUUGGUUGCAUCUAUGCACAUGGUGACAGCAGACAUUGAGGCCCUCAAGGUUGUUAAGACACUGGCAGUCAACGAAAAAGUAGCAGAGAACCCACUUCUGCGUGACAUCCUCUUCCUUGGUUAUGGUACCAUGGUUUCAAAAUACUGCACCGAAUUGCCUGUCUGCCCUGUUGAUCUUAUUAAGCCCAUCCAGGACCUCCUUGCACAGGCCGUUGCCAGAGGAGAGACCAAAGAUAUCAUCUUGUAUGUGAAGGUUUUGGGUAAUGCUGGUCAUCCUAGCAGCCUUAAGCCAAUCACAAAGGUCCUGCCCAUCCAUGGCACAGCAGCUACAUCUCUGCCCAUGAAAGUUCAUGCUGAUGCCAUCAUGGCCCUGAGGAACAUUGCCAAGAAGGAGCCCAGAAUGAUCCAAGAAUUGGCUCUUCAGCUCUACAUGGACAAGGCUCUUCACCCAGAGCUUCGUAUGCUUGCAUGCAUUGUGCUGUUUGAGACUAGGCCUGCGAUGGGAUUGGUGACAACUCUUGCUAAUAUUGUGAAGUCAGAGAAAGAUCUGCAGGUGGCAAGCUUUACGUACUCUCACAUGAAAUCCCUGACCAGAAGCACUGCUGCUAUCCAUGCCUCAGUGGCUGCUGCUUGCAAUGUUGCUGUCAAAAUCUUGAGCCCAAAGCUGGAUAGAGCAAGCCUCCGCUUCAGCAAAGCCAUCCACAUGGACAUCUACAACAGUCCCUUGAUGCUUGGUGCUGCUGCCAGCGCUUUCUACAUCAAUGAUGCUGCUACCAUUAUGCCCAGAUCUAUUGUUGCCAAAACCAGUGCCUACCUCGCCGGAGCAGCUGCUGAUGUUCUGGAGGUUGGAGUGAGAACUGAAGGACUACAGGAGGCUCUGCUGAAAAACCCUGUACAUCUCGAAAAUGUCGACAGGAUCACCAAGAUGAAGCGUGUCAUUAAGGCUUUCUCUCAGUUCAGGUCUCUUCCUACCAGCACACCUCUUGCCUCUGUCUACAUCAAAUUCUUCGGGCAAGAAAUUGCUUUUGCCAACAUUGACAAAGCCUUGGUUGAACAGGCAAUUGCGAUCGCCACUGGUCCCUCUGUUCAGACACUUGGUUUGAAUGCUGUCAAGGCUCUUCUGUCUGGUGUUUCCUACCAGUAUGCUAAGCCAAUUCUGGCAACUGAGGUGAGACGUAUCCUGCCAACAGCUGCUGGUCUGCCAAUGGAGCUGAGUCUUUACACUGCUGCUGUGGCUGCUGCCGCUGUGCAGGUCAGAGCAGCCACAACACCAGCUCUGCCCGACACCUUCCAUCUGGCUCACCUUCUGAGGACAGACAUUCAGCUUGAGACUGAGAUCAAACCAAGCGUUGCUGUCAACACUUUUGCUGUGAUGGGUGUCAACACUGCCAUAAUCCAGGCUGCUCUGAUCUCAAGAGCUAAACUCAACUCCAUUGUGCCCGCCAAAAUUGCAGCAAGACUUGACGUCAAUGAGGGUAACUUCAAGAUCGAGGCUCUGCCUGUUUCUGUGCCAGAAAACGUAGCUGCCGUACAUGUUGAGACUCUGGCUGUGACAAGAAAUGUUGAGGAUCUUGUGGCUGCAAGAUUCACACCCAUCAUCCCUACCAAAGUCUUGGAGCCCAUCUCAAGGGAGAUGUCAACAUCCUCAGAGAUUGUACAACCAGAUGUGGCAGCUGAGAGGAAGAUUGUGAAACCCAAAGCAGCUCGCUUUGACAAGAAGUACUGUGCCAAAGUCAUUGGACUGAAGAGCUGUAUUAAGGUUGCAACUGACAAUGCUGCUUACCUCAGGAACAUUGAUCUGUACAAACUGGCAGGAAAGCACUCUAUUGUUCUUUCUCUUAAACCAAUCGAAGGUGAAGUCUAUGAGAGGGUGGAGCUGGAGGUCCAAGUUGGACCAAAAGCUGCAGAAAAGCUUAUCAAACAGAUAAACUUGAGCAAAGAGGAAAUUGUGGACAACAGACCUGUCUUGAUGAAGCUGAAGAAAAUCCUGGCUCCUGGAGUAAAGAAUGGCAGUUUGUCCUCCUCUAGCUCCAGCAGUUCUCGCUCAAGCCUCAGCUCCAGCAGUUCCAGCAGAAGCAGCAGUGUCAGCAGCAGAAGCAGCAGUAGUAGUAGCAGCAGAAGCAGCAGUGUCAGCAGCAGAAGCAGCAGCAGCAGAAGCAGCAGUGUCAGCAGCAGAAGCAGCAAACUAACAUCCUCCAGGUCCAGCUCUGCAUCCAACCUGGCAUCUCUCUUCAGCGCUAGCUCAAGCUCCUCCCGCUCAAGUGCCCGUCUCUCCAAGAGCAGAAGCAGUGCUUCAAGCUUUGAGGCCAUCUACAGCAAGAACAAAUUCCUUGGCAGUGAAGUGGCUCCUACCUUCGCUGUUAUUUUCCGUGCUGUCAGAGCUGACCAGAAAGUGUUUGGAUAUGAACUGGCUGUCUACUUGGAGAAACCAACCAGCAGACUUCAGAUUAUUUUGGCUGAUUUGGCAACUGAUAGCAACUGGAAACUCUGUGCUGAUGGAGUUGUGCUUGGCAUGCACAAAGUCACAGCCAAGGUUGCCUGGGGAGCAGAGUGCAAGCAGUAUGACACCAUAAUCACAGCUGAGACUGGUCUUGUUGGUCCAAGCCCUGCGGCUCGUCUCAGAGUUGCCUGGAACGAAUUGCCUUCUGCCCUUAAACACUACGCAAAGAAGGUCUACGACUACAUUCCUGCUUACAUGCCAGCUGGUCUCAUUAAAGAGAAGGAUGAAAACAGCAAAAAGCAGCUCUCACUGACUGUGGUUGCCACAUCAGAGAAGACCCUUGACUUUAUCUGGAAAACACCAACAACCACUGUCUACAAGAUGGCUCUCCAUCUUCCCAUCGCUCUGCCUCUUGAUGAAAUCAAAGGUCUCACCCCCUUUGAUGAGGUUGCCGAUAAAUUCCACUACUUGUAUGCCAAGGCAACAGCAGCUGAAUGUAGCUAUGCCAGAGACACACUGACCACAUUCAACAACAGGAAAUACACCAACGAGAUGCCACUGUCUUGCUACCAAGUUCUGGCCCAGGACUGCACCGAUGAGCUGAAAUUCAUGGUUCUGCUCAAGAAGGAUCACAUCGAACAGAAUCAUAUCAAUGUGAAGAUUUCUGACAUUGAUAUUGACCUGUACCCCAAGAACACCGAUGUGAUUGUGAAGGUGAAUGGAAUGGAAAUCCCCAUCAACAACCUGCCAUACCAGCAUCCAACAGCUAAAAUCCUGAUCAGGCCAAAGGGUGAGGGCAUCGCUGUGUACGCUCCCAGCCAUGGUCUGCAUGAAGUCUACUUUGACAAGAACACAUGGAAGGUUAAAGUUGUAGACUGGAUGAAGGGACAGACCUGUGGACUCUGUGGAAAGGCUGAUGGGGAAGUCAGACAGGAAUACCGUACACCAAACGGCCGUGUGACCAAGAGUGCAGUCAGCUAUGCUCAUUCUUGGGUUCUGCCAGCUGAGAGCUGUAGGGAUACCACUGAGUGCCGUAUGAAGCUUGAAUCUGUGCAGCUGGAGAAGUCAGUCAACAUCCAUGGUCAGGAAUCCCGAUGCUACUCUGUUGAGCCUGUGCUGCGCUGUCUGCCUGGAUGUUUCCCUGUGAAGACCACCACUGUCAUGGUUGGCUACCACUGCCUGCCUGCUGAUUCAGCCCUGAAUCGUGCUAACAGCCUGAACAACAUCUACGAUAGCAGUGUGGACUUAAGGGAAACAGCAGAAGCCCACUUAGCCUGCAGCUGCACAGCUCAGUGUGCUUAA